CGUAAAAAUAACACUAUAAAAUCGAGUAAAAUGAUAAAGUUGAUCAUCUUUCGCUAAAUAAAUUGAUAAGCCGGUUUCUUGGUUAAAACUUCACUAAAGUACUAACUUUAUUUCUUUACUUAGACACUCACUAUCUUCAAAUAGUAGCGGUAAAAUAAAAUGAACUCUAUAUUGCGAAAUAGGAUCAGUUUUCUAAGCCGUGCAUUUUCUACAUCCACUGUAAGGCAAUGUGCUAACCCUCCUAAAAGGGCGAAAAAGAAUUUUAUUGGCCCCAUCACAUGGAAGUCAUUAUCCGGAAUGGUAGUGGUCGGUGGUGGUCUUACAGGGUUUAUGUUAUACGUCCGAAAGGAGAAGCAGGAAGCAUUAGACCGUGAGCGAAAAAGGCAACUGGGCAAAGCUAAAAUAGGAGGUGAUUUCGAGUUGGUGGACACAGAGGGAAAAGUUGUGAAAAGCACAGAUUUUCUAGGAAAAUGGUUAUUAAUUUAUUUUGGUUUUACACAUUGUCCCGAUAUAUGCCCAGACGAGUUGGAGAAAUUGGCAGAAGUUGUAAACAUGCAUGAUAAUUCACCAUCAGCACCGCCUUUGCAGCCUCUUUUCAUAUCUGUAGACCCUCAAAGAGACACUCCAGAAAUUGUUGGAAAAUACUGCAAAGAGUUUUCUCCAAGACUGCUCGGCCUGACAGGCACACAUGAACAAGUACAGAAAGCUUGCCGAUCCUACAGGGUCUACUUCAGUGCUGGUCCGCAGGAUGCGGAUAACGAUUAUAUCGUGGACCACACCAUCAUCAUUUAUCUGGUUGAUCCCGAUGGUGAGUUCGUCGACUACUACGGCCAGAAUAGGAAUGCUAAAGAAAUUCACGAUUCUAUGCUCAUCAACAUACAGAAAUAUGCCGUCGGGAAGAAGACUGGCUGGUUUUAAAGUUGCAUUUUGUUAGUAUUAACAUGUUAGUUUAGAUAAAAUUAUAAUUAUUUUUGUUAAGGAAUAAAUAAUUGUUUUUAUUUUAAAAUA